UAGUUUGUGUAGCAUUGACUAUGGCUUAAAACAACAGUUAGACUUUGGAAAAUCUUUAAAGACUUCUGUUUUCACUAGUGGGGCUUCGUCUGUGAAGUGUACUCUACUGGGUAGCUCUCAUUUACCUGCAUUCUCAUUGUCUGGGGACUUUCUUAUUGGAGGUGUUUCUACUAUUCAUUACCAACAUCAUGCUGUGAUUUAUAACUAUACCACCAAGCCUGACUCUCCAAGAUGCACAGGGAGCUUUAAUGCUAGGGGUCUGCGUUUUUCUCGCACUAUAAUCUUUGCCAUCGAGGAGAUAAACAACAGCACAGAGCUGCUGCCUGGCAUCACUCUUGGAUAUCAAAUAUUUGAUUCAUGCAUCUCCAUGCCUGUUUCAGUGCUUGUUGCAGUUCAGCUUUUAAAUGGAGAGGAGCCUUUGUUCUACAAAGGCACAAAUUGUUCACAAUCUGGUGUGGUAAUGGGUGUUGUUGGAGACUCUGGAUCCACUCCCUCCAUCAGCAUGUCCCGUAUCUUUGGAUCAUUCAACAUUCCUCUGGUCAGCAGCUUCUCUACUUGUGCCUGCUUAUCAGAUAAGCAGCAGUUCCCAUCUUUUUUCAGAACAAUUCCCAGUGACCACUACCAAGCUGAUGCACUGGCCAAGCUGGUAAAACAUUUUGGCUGGACUUGGAUAGGUGUUGUUCACUCAAACUCAGACUAUGGAAAUGAUGGUAUAGCCUCUUUUCUUAAAGCAGUUGUGAGAGAGGGGAUCUGUGUUGAGUACACCGAGUCCUUCUUUAGAACUGAUCCAAGAAGCAGCAUCCAAAGAGUUGCUGAUGUUAUCCGCAGAUCUACAGCAAAGGUUGUUGUGGCAUUUACAGCUGUUGGUGACAUGAAAGUCCUUUUAGAGGAGUUGGCUCUGGACCUUCCUUCGCCUCGUCAGUGGAUAGCGAGCGAAGCUUGGGUAACUGACCCUAACCUGAUGAGCUUCAGUUUCUGUGCAGGGGCCAUCGGAGUAGCCAUUCAGCGAUCUGUCAUUCCAGGGUUGAGAGACUUCCUUCUAAAUAUCUCUCCCUCUGAAUUGGCUGCCUCUUCAGUACUGACUGAGUUCUGGGAAGAUGCAUUCAAUUGCAAACUGAAUGAAAGUCUUGAUUCAGACAAAAGAGUGUGUGAUGGAACUGAGACACUUCAAAGCCUUAAAAAUCCAUACACUGAAACAUCGCAGCUAAGGGUUACUAAUAUGAUGUACAAGGCUGUUUUUGCAAUGGCACAUGCUAUUCACAAUGCAGUCUGCAAAGAAAUAAAUGCAACCAUCCAAUGUGAUAAACACAUCAAACUGGAGCCCAAACAGGUCUUUACUGAAUUAAAGAAAGUAAACUUCUCCAAGAAUGGUUACCAAGUUUCGUUUGAUGCAAAUGGUGAUCCAGUGGCUUUUUACGAGCUUGUCAAUUGGCAGAGAGGGGAAAGUGGAAGUAUUGAGCUGGUUACAGUGGGGUAUUAUGAUGCAUCACUUCCCAAGGGCCAGGAGUUUCAUAUCAACAGAAACAUAACCUGGGCAUAUGGUGGCACACAAGUACCGGUGUCAAUGUGCUCCAAGAAUUGUCCUCCAGGAACUCGUAAAGUCUUGCAAAAAGGAAAACCUAUCUGUUGCUAUGACUGCAUACCAUGUCCUGAAGGAGAGAUCAGUAACAUGACAAAUUCUCCUGACUGCUUCUCAUGCUCCAGAGAGUUCUGGCCUAAUGCAGAGAAAGAUGCUUGUUUUCCCAAACCUGUGGAGUUUCUCUCCUUUGAUGAAUCCCUUUCAAUCAUCCUGGCUGCAUUCUCUGUUGGCGGGGCCUGUCUGGCGAUCAUAACACUAGUUAUUUUCUUUCGUCACAGGAAAUCCCCAAUUGUCAGAGCAAACAAUUCUGAGCUGAGCUUCCUGCUGCUCUUCUCUUUGACUCUUUGCUUUUUAUGUUCUUUAACUUUCAUUGGAGAACCUUCUGAGUGGUCCUGCAUGCUGCGGCACACAGCGUUUGGCAUCACCUUUGUUCUCUGUAUCUCCUGUGUACUUGGAAAAACUGUUAUGGUUUUAAUGGCCUUUAAAGCUACAUUGCCUGGAAACAAUGUUAUGAAAUGGUUUGGACCUCCACAGCAACGAAUAACUGUGGUAAUUCUCACAUUUUUCCAAGUAUUAAUAUGUAUUGUGUGGUUGAUUCUGAGUCCUCCCUUUCCAAUGAAAAAUCUAAACACAUACAAAGAAAAGAUCAUCCUUGAAUGUGCGUUAGGCUCUGCUAUUGGUUUCUGGGUCGUUCUUGGUUACAUCGGUCUGUUGGCUGUUUUUUGCUUUAUUUUAGCUGUUCUGGCUAGGAAACUACCAGAUAAUUUUAAUGAAGCAAAGAUGAUCACCUUCAGCAUGUUGAUAUUUUGUGCAGUCUGGAUCACCUUCAUCCCAGCAUAUGUCAGCUCUCCUGGAAAAUUUACUGUUGCAGUGGAGAUAUUUGCAAUUUUGGCCUCCACCUUUGGAUUGAUACUCUGUAUAUUUGCUCCAAAGUGUUUUAUUAUUGUGUUUCAACCACAAAAGAAUACUAAGAAGUACCUAAUGAACAAGAACUAAAAACAUAAAUAAAUCUGCAUGAU